CGCUGUCAAAAAAUAGUCAACAACUUGUGAUCGUCAGUUGUUUCUCAUAGUCGUGUUUAGUUUUUAGCAAUAAUAAACAUUCCAACAUAAAAUAAACGCUGCAUUUCCAUCGCAACUCAUAAAAAAUGGAUAAGUUAACAUUAAUCUCUGGAACACUCUUCAUGGCAGCUGAUAUAUUCGCCAUCGUGAGUCUCGCAAUGCCCGACUGGAUCAUCACAGAUGUGGGAGGCGACACGCGUCUGGGGCUGAUGUGGAGUUGUAUGACACUCUAUAACCGUCCGCAAGUAUGUUUCACCCCGGAUCUUCAACCGGAAUGGUUAUUGGCAUUAGUAUGCAUCUUUGUCGGUUGUAUCUGCAUCACAACCACUAUUAUCCUGCUGGCAUCUUCACAUUGGGAUAGAAAUGUUGUUCCGUAUGCACGAUGGGUUGGAUUUACAGCUAUGGUCCUGUUUUGUUUGGCCGCUGUAAUCUUCCCAAUGGGUUUCCACGUUGAUGAAAUCGGUGGGCAGCCUUAUCAGCUCCCAAACAGUCAUCAGGUUGGCAUUUCCUACAUUCUCUUCGUGCUGGCGCUGUGGAUUACGGUUAUUUCUGAACUGUUUGCGGGCAAAGUAUGUCUACCACAUUUUUAACUUUUAAUGAUGGACGACGAUGACGACGAGUGGUUUUGAACUCGAAUAGGAUUUAGGUAAAUUCGUUUUGAUACACUUUUUAAACUUAAAUCAUCUUCUGUGAUAAGGGUGGCAUUUAUCCCUCCUCAGCGUAUUAAAUAUAUCUAGUAUCAAUCAUGACAUAACACAUGACUAGGGGAAUCAAUGUUGUGUUUUGUAAAUAUUAGCUAAAAUGUGGAAUAUUGAAAUUAAAUGUUAACUUAAUGUACAAAAUAGGUGAAUUGUUGAAAGAGGUCAUUAUUUGCGCAAUAUUCUUUAUAUUUUCAAUAAUUAUUAAUUAACAGGUUUCUUUUUCUUUGUUUUUUUAUGAUUUUUUUUCUUCUUUAAUCUCUGCGUUUGAAUAUUUAUAUUAUACAUGCGUUUUUAUACUCCGCUAUUUUUUAUACACUUAUAUUUUUAUUUUAAGCUUAAGCUUAGAUUCUAUUUUAUCAUCUACUUAGUAAAUUCGGUAAUCUUUUUGUGAUUUUCUCUUUUCAUAUUUUUUUUGGUUGCAACUCGUGCAUUUACUCAUUUUUUUCGUUACUUUUCUAUAAGUGUUGAUAUAAUUAUUGAAAACGAAUAAACAUAAUGUCUAUAUAUA